UGCACACAGCAACAGAAUCAGUUUCACGUGUCUAAACCAGCAUGUCGUGGUCAAGGCAGCAGUGUGAAACAUUAAUAGAAGAAUAUCAAAAGUAUGCAUGUUUAUAUGCCGUGAAAUCACCCCAAUAUAAGAAUAAACACGCACGACAAUCGGCCCUGGAAAAAAUUCAAGAACAAUUAGAACCGUUGCGGGCUAAUGUGACGCUGACUGAGAUAAAGGCGAAAAUCAGUGGAAUGCGGACCAAUUUUUUAAGCGAAUUUAGAAAAUGGAAUGCCAGCAAGCAUAGUGGGGCUGGCGAGGAUUCAACAUAUGUGCCUACCAUCUGGUAUUUUAAGAAGUUUUUUUUUAUCUUGGAGCAUGUAAAUGUCCGAAACAGUUCUGACUCAUUGACCUGGUCAGAGUGCUCAGACAAAGAAAACAACUCAAUGUCACAAACUAACAUGAUGGAAAGUGAGACUGGUGAAUACAGUAUUGAACAAGAUGUGCACGCUGAGGAUUAUGUUGUGUCGCCUACGGGCGUUGUGGAGGUUGACAAUGAUGGUUCACUAGCACCAGGAGUUUCUAGCGACUCCACUACACCACAGGCAAAAAAGUUAAAAGUGCGUCACAGAGCCACGCCAGAUUGCAAUAUUAUGAAGGAAGCUUCCAAGGCUUUAACGGCAAUCUCCAACAGUAUCAACAAAAAGGCUGCAGUUGCUGUUACAGCGCAAACCGUUGCCAAUGAGACGUUAGCACAGUUCAUUGUAACGAAACUGGAACAAAUUACUGACUAUGAUAUUCGCUUGGAGGCAGAAGAGGCAAUUACAUCGAAACUUUAUGAAUGUAUUAAAAAAUGUAGAAAUAUUGACCUAAACAAACAAUAA